AUGGUUAGCCUCACGUCUGCCGCCGGUCUGGUGGGCUUCUUGUCCGAGCCAGACCCGGCGCUGCAAGCGUUUGCCCUCGAGCGCCUCAACACCCAGAUCGACGCCGUAUGGACGGAGGUAUCCGGCUCUAUUGGACAAAUAGAAGCACUUUACGAGGACGAGACCUUUUCCCACCGCGAACUGGCCGCGCUGGUACUGUCCAAGGUCUACUACCAGCUACAGGAAUACGACGAGUCGAUGGUCUUUGCCCUCGGCGCCGGCAAGCUGUUCAAGUCCGAUCACGCGGGCGAGUACGAGGAGACCAUCGUUGCGAAAUGCGUCGACACAUACAUCUCACUCUGCGCCCUACACAACCCACCGACCCCAGCUUCUGCACUUGGCCGACACGCCUCGCAAGACCUCGACAACGCCGCUGCGGCAGGAGGCUCUCCCACAACACCCUUCUCUCAAUCGGCUAUCCCAUCGAAAUCGCUACUGUCUCGUGAGGAAGAGAAGGCAUGGGACUCCACGGCACCCGGUGGUGGCAAUGCGGGCGUUCCGGGAGCACAUCCUCAUCCUUUGACUUUGCCCAACCCAGUGAAGAAGAAUCUGCAGGCUGUUAUCAGGAGCAUCUUCGAAAGCUGCUACGAGGUUGGUGCGUACAAGCAUGUCGCCGGUAUUGCAGUGGAGGCGAGAAAUAUGGAAGUCCUGAAGGAGGCAAUAUUGCGAUCAAGCAAAGAUGAGAAGAGCAAGGGCAAGAAAGCGGCAAAUGUGUCUGCAGGCCAGACCGAGGACCUCAUGGAAUACGUGCUGGAUAUCUGUAUGAACGUGGUGCAAGAACGUGGGCUUCGGAAUGAGAUUUUGAAGCUUAUCCUCGAUUUGCUGAACGACAUCCCAAGCCCGGACUACUUUGCCAUUGCCAGGUGUGUGGUAUAUCUGAACCAGCAAUCGAUGGCCUCGGACAUGCUCCGUCAACUGGUACAGAAGGGUGAUGGGAAGUCCUUGGCCAUUGCGUACCAGCUUUCCUUCGAUCUCUACGAGAACGGCACGCAGGAGUUCCUGCAAAAGGUCAUGGACGAGCUACCAGAGGACGAUGAGGCAGAGAAAGCAGAGGAGUCGCAGAUGAACGGUAAUGCUGUUCGUCCGUCAACACCGCACCCCAACCAGAGCGAGAACGCGGCCGAGUCGGACCAGCUUCUCUCUGAGCUCAACGACUCUGCCGGCGCACCACAGACCUCCACUGUCGUCACAUCGCGAACGAAGCCGAAGCCGGAGACGGAGGCUCAACAAAAGGCGUUCACAUCGAUACGAGAGAUCCUGCGAGGCACAAAGAGCAUCGAGCUCAACCUUGAAUUUCUGUAUCGAGCAGCACACACCGAUCGCGCUAUCCUCAACAAGGUUCGAGACUCUCUGGAAGCACGCAACAGCAUAUUCCAUACCUCCGUCACUUUCGCCAAUGCGUUCAUGAAUGCAGGUACAACGGUCGAUAGCUUCUUCCGAGACAACCUCGAGUGGCUGGGCAAGGCAGUGAACUGGAGCAAGUUCACCGCAACCGCAGCUCUUGGGGUCAUCCACCGCGGUAAUCUGAACAACGGCCAAAAGCUCCUCGAGCCCUACUUGCCAAAGGAGCAUGCCAAUGCCAGCGCUGGCAGCACAUACAGCCAGGGUGGCUCACUCUUCGCCUUGGGUCUUAUCUACACAAACCACGGCACACACGUGUUAGACUACCUCAGGCGACAGUUCAAGGCAACGCAAGAAGAGGUGGUGCAGCACGGCGGUGCGCUUGGAUUGGGUGUGGCCGGUAUGGCUACUGGUUCCGACGAGAUCUACGAUGAGCUCAAGAACGUGCUUUAUGCCGAUUCUGCCAUCAAUGGUGAGGCUGUCGGUCUUGCCAUGGGUCUUGUCAUGCUUGGGACUGGUAACAACCGCGCCAUUGAUGACAUGAUUCAGUACGCCCACGACACACAGCACGAGAAGAUCGUCCGCGGCCUGGCUAUGGGCAUGGCACUCAUCAACUACAACCGACAAGAAGGCGCCGAUGAGCUCAUUGGUGGUCUGUUGGAGGAUGCUGACCCAGCUUUGCGAUACGGUGGUGUCAUGACCCUUGCAUUGGCAUAUGCUGGCAGCGGCAACAACAAGGCUGUGCGAAAAUUGCUGCAUCUUGCUGUCUCCGACACCAGCGACGAUGUUAGAAGAUCGGCAGUCAUGUGCUUGGGCUUUGUGCUCUUCAGGAAGCCUGGCAGCGUGCCCAGAAUGGUCGAACUCUUGGCUGAGAGCUACAACCCUCAUGUGCGAUAUGGUGCCACAAUGGCCCUAGGCAUUGCCUGCGCAGGUACUGGUCUCGACGAGGCCAUCGACUUGCUCGAGCCAAUGAUGAAGGACUCUGUCGACUUUGUCAGACAAGGAGCCUUCAUUUCCAUGGCCAUGAUCAUGGUGCAGCAGAAUGAUGCCAUGAACCCCAAGGUGAGCGCACUACGGAAGCAGCUGCAGAAGGCUGUUGGCGACCGACACGAAGACGCCAUGGCUAAGUUUGGCUGUGCUCUCGCUCUCGGAAUCAUCGAUGCUGGUGGCCGAAACUGCACAAUCAGCCUUCAGACACAGACUGGCAACCUCAACAUGGCCGCGAUCGUCGGCACGUCUGUGUUCUUGCAGUACUGGUACUGGUUCCCACUCACCCACUUCCUGGCACUCUCCUUCUCGCCCACCUCGAUCAUCGGUGUAGACUCAGAUCUUGAGAUUCCAAGCUUCACGUUUCACAGCAACACGAGGCCGAGCAUGUUCGACUACCCGCCUGAGGUCGAAGUCAAGACGGAAGAGGCGCCAGAGAAAGUCAAGACUGCAGUGCUCUCGACGACUGCUCAAGCGAAGCGAAGAAGAUUGGCCAAGGACAGGCAGAAUCGACGCGAAAGCAUGGACAUCGAUCCAACACCGACCACACCGAAGCCAGAUUCAGCUGACACAGACAAGAUGGACACUGAUGAGUCUGUCAUCGACACGAGUAAGAUCGAUGAUGACAAGGAUGGCGAGAAGGACAGCACCAAGAAGAAGCUUGAGAAGGAGAAGGUGGGCUAUGAGCUUGAAAACAUGAGCCGCGUGCUCCCAGCGCAGAUCAAAUACAUCAGCUUCGCGCCAGAGGGGCGGUAUCAACCGGUGAAGAAGCCCACUGGUGGUGUCAUCCUGCUUCACGACGAACACUCUGGCGAAGAGAAGAACCUGAUGGAGCUCAAGGCACGCAAGAAGACGACUUCGGCGGCGGCAGCCCCUGGUGUAUCGCAAUCCUCGAACGACACUGCUAUGGCUGAUGCCGCAGCGGCUUCAUUUGGCGGCGCAGCUGCCGCUGCUGGCGUACUAACAGCUGUCGAUGAAGACGAGGACGGUGAAGAGGCGCCCGUGCCUGACGAAUUCGAAGUCGACGAAGACAAUGCCUCGGAUGAGUAG